AUAGGAAACGUGAAACCACAGAUGAAGAAAACCGAUUGCUACAGUGUAGCAGACUGGACUGUAGACAGGUGAUUUCACACUAGCGUCGGUAUUUAUGUAAAUAAAACAGAGUGAGUCACUUCAGUGCUGCACUGCUAGCCAGCGACAGAAGCAGACAGAAAGAAGACAGCUCCCAAGGCUAUUUAUUGCUGUCCAUAGCUAAAUUCUUCCUAUCUAGAACGAGUACACGUUUGCGGAAAAAGUAGGUAAGGAAAUCUCAAUAUUUUUGGGGGGUUUUGCCUUUAUUGACAGAAUGUGAUUCAGAGGGUGUUUACACCAGAUACAUCUUUCAGGCCAGGUUCCAAGGUUUGUUGGCUGUAGGACUAACAGUAAGGUCCCAUGGUGAGAAGUAGGUUAAUGAUAACAAGCUUAUGGUUAUAUUUAUUUGGAAGAGGCUGACCAAGACCUUUGACUUGUUUGUGGCUUUAUAUCAUUGGCCUUUUACCUACAUUUGCUAUGGUGAAAAAUAUCCACCUGGUCUCAUAGGACUUUAAACCCCAGUUCUCUCUUUUCAGGCAAAGCUGUGUUUUUGACCUAGGCUGUAGUGUUGAAUAAACUAGUGUGGUGCUGUUCCCUCUCUGAACCCCCUCCCUCUCCUGCCUGCCUCUCCUGCUGUUCCCUUGAAGACCUCCACCCCCUCCCAUCCCUCCUGGUGACCCCUGUGAUGUCGUCCCCGUGCUGUGGCUUCCUGGCGCAGUACACCCACCAUCACCUGGUCGCCUUCCUCCUCACCUUCUUUAGCUAUGUCCUCCUGCAUGCCUCGAGGAAGACCUUCAGUAAUGUGAAAGUGAGCAUCUCAGCCCAGUGGACUCCCUCUGUGCAGAAUGCCAGCUCUCCUGCCUUCUCACCCGGGGAGACCUUGGAGGAGAAUAACCUGUUUGCAGACUCCGAUGGAGCCACUCUGUUCCUGGGUGUCCUCGACACCAUCUUCCUGUUUUCCUACGCCGUGGGCUUAUAUAUGAGUGGAGUGAUUGGAGAUCGCAUGAACCUCCGAUAUGUCCUCUCCUUUGGUCUGUGUGGUUCAGCCAUAGUGGAGUUUGUGUUUGGUACCCUGACUGAGUGGCUGCAGUUCUAUAACAUCUACCUGUACUGUGGCCUUUGGGUGCUGAACGGCCUACUGCAGUCUGCUGUCUGGCCCUGUGUGGUGGCAGUCAUGGGGAACUGGUUCGGCAAGUCAGGGCGAGGUUUUGUGUUUGGCCUGUGGAGUGCCUGUGCGUCUGUUGGGAACAUCCUGGGCGCUUUCCUGGCAUCCAGUGUUCUCAAGUACGGUUAUGAGUAUGCCUUCCUGGUCACUUCAGUGCUGCAGUUUGCUGGUGGGGUGGUGGUGUUCUUUGGUCUGCUCACCUCCCCUAAAGAAGUGGGUUUGUGUUUGGAGUCAGAAACAGGUCUGAGACCAGUGGAAAGAGACGCAGACAGCCACAGGCCUCUGAUGAGUGAUGAAGAGGAUGAGGAGGGAUCGGAGGAGGUGUGUGACGGAGGGUACUACACCAUCCGGCAGGGGGAUGAGGAGCCGCGGGAAACACCCAAAGCCAUCGGAUUCUGCCAGGCCUUCUGCCUUCCCGGAGUGCUGCCUUAUUCCCUGGCGUACGCCUGUCUGAAGCUGGUCAACUACUCCUUCUUCUUCUGGUUGCCCUUCUACCUGAGCAGGAACUUUGGCUGGAAGGAGGCCCAGGCCGACAGGCUCUCUGUGUGGUACGACGUGGGAGGCAUUAUAGGUGGUACGAUCCAGGGCCUGAUCUCAGACUUCAUGGGGAAGAGAGCUCCAGUGUUAGCCGUCAGUCUGCUGCUGGCUAUGGGAGCCCUGGUGGGUUACAGCCACUCCCCUCCGGACCAGGUGGUGAAUGCAGCUCUCCUGGCCACCACAGGUUUCUUCAUAGGAGGACCGUCCAACAUGAUCAGCUCAGCCAUCUCUGCAGACCUGGGGCGACAGGAGGCCCUCAGGGGCAGUCAGGAGGCUCUGGCUACCGUCACCGGCAUAGUGGACGGGACUGGGAGUAUUGGAGCUGCAGCGGGACAGUAUUUGGUAUCCGUGAUCGAGAGCAAGCUGGGCUGGAUGUUUGUCUUCUACUUCUUCAUCGUCAUGACCGGCUGCAGCAUAGUCUUCAUCUUGCCGCUGAUCGUGACUGAGAUUCGGGCCAUGUGGAGGGAGAGACGGGCACGGACACAAGAGCUGUGAAGCCUUCCUCACGGGGGGCCAUGUUGUUUCCUACUCCUUCCCUAUGGGGCCUACUGCCUGUCAGUCAGACUAUGUCCACUGAUCACUACUGUAGACGUAUGUACAACAUGUCUAUGAAUGUGUCCAGUCUAUGUAUAUAUUUGGUCAGAAACACGUUUUUUUCUUUUUUAAGAUAUUACUUCAGCACCUUUUACGAGUGGGGGCAGGGCCCUCUCAAUGUUUGUGGUCUGAGAUAGGAAGUCCCAAGCAGCUAACGAUUAUUCCAAUUCCUUUACCAGUUUACUGGAGUGUAUAAUGAUUACUUGUAUAGAAUGAUUGAAUCUGCUCAUUUGCUUAGUAGAGAUCAGAUUUCAAAGACACACAAAACUCUCCAUCACUCACUCAUAGAAUCUCACACACAAGUCCGCUCGGUGGAUUUUCAGUGACCACGUUUACAUGUGCAAGGUAUUGUGGACAGUAGCUCGUAUCCCGCAGAAGGUCUUAUUCGGGUUAAGCUGUUUACAUGCACUUUUGAUAUCCCUAAAUUGAUAUGGGUUAAAUAUUAACUGAAAUAUGGCCUAUAACAUUUCACAUGUAGCGUAAUAUAAUAUUAACUCUUGCAGAAUUAUGGAUUUCUUGCAGUGAAAUUACGCAACAAAUGUUAAUUUUGUCUCGGAAACAGGAGUGGAGGAAACAGGAGUGGAGAAAUAGGAAUUAUUUCAGCAUCUCUUGAGGAAAUGCAAGUGCGUGUGUUCUCGUUGACACUGUUAUGCAAGCAGACAGUAUUUCAACCACAUACAAUAUGCACCCAAGACAGACUAAAGUCUUAUCAUAAACCAAUUUCAUCGUUUUCUCAGCUUUUAAUUUCACUAAAACCAGUCAAACUGAUGACAUUUUGGGCAUUUUGCAAAGACCAAAUCUUUUCACUGUUCUCCCCGGGUCCCUAAACGAAACAGACAACUUUACCGGUUUUAACUAGAUUACUAAUGCACUCAUUCUGUCAAUGUAAGACAUUGUUCUGGUGAGCACUACUUUAUUUAGUCUUCUGGGGCAACAAGUUAUGACAGAAGAGAAGCUGCAUGUAUCUUAACUAUAGUUGACAAACAAAUGUCCAAAUGUCCUUCCAAUUGUAAACAGAAAGUUGUUACGCUACACGGUCCAGGAUGGAGUAUUGGCAAAAUAAAUUAUUACGGUGGAUGGAACUGAGCAGUUUGCCUACUUUUUGAAGUGAUUUGUUUAACAAUCAGAUGAAAACAUCACACAACACCCAUUAUACCUGAAACUGAGCCUACACAGACUGCGAAAAACAACAGUAAACGGGAUAAGAUGUUUGCAUGCCACAGUAUCCCAUCUAAGAUCAGCAAAUCCAAGGCAUUUUAUCCGGGUUUCUCAUAACCGGGUUACAAACUUUUUCGGGUUAUUGUAAACGAGAUAUGAUGUUUACGUGUGUCAACUCAAGAGAGUACUUGGGUACCCCGAAUAAUAACGGAAUAUUGGUGUGCAUGUAAACGUGAUCAGACUAAACGGUACGUUUGCCCCAAAAAGUUUUUAAGCGGCUUUUUUAAGUCUUAACGGUCAGUUAACAAACAUUAACUGCACGCCUCUGAAAUAUUUUCCUUAUCAAAAUUAUUUAAAGGUAUACUGAUUUUAGUUACUGUAUGUACAUAAAUUAAAACGGUACAAGUAGUUAUUCUGGUUGGAUUGGUAUCAGUUGCUAAAUUACUGUAGUGGUUUUAACCAAGGCCACAAGUGCAUUUCAGCUGGUCCAGGGCCUGCUAAACUUGAUGACAUGGAAUGUGUAUUUAAUUUUAUCAUUGUAGAAAUGUAUGUUCUUAAUCUGUGGUAAAUGUUCAUUUUUUUUCCGUAUGUGCACUUUAAAUUCAUGUUUUAAUGAGCCUGUUUUUUUUUUUUUCAAGAAAAGCAAAUGGUCUUUUUCAAAACUGUUGACUCCUAUCUUUUAUUCUUCCCAAGGGAAUUUACGAUAUAUUUUGGGAAACCACCUCAAUGAAUUUGAAUUUAAAUGACCUAAACUGUAUUCACACAACUUACUUUUUUGUAUAAAUCUCAUAAAGCAAUGAAACCAG